UUAUCAUCUCACUCUCUACACAUCUCACUGACUGGACCUUUUAUUAUUUUAAGUUCUCAGCAACAAGCAGAACAAAACCAAGACAACCAUCCUGAGCUCAAAUAAGAUCUGUGUUUUUGGUCUUUGACUUUUAGUGAAGGACAAGCUCAGCUCAUUGACAGGAUGCAUGAUUUCCUCUCAAGGGUGUAACUGACUCUUAUUAGCAGUUCCAACCUGCAGAAACAAGCUCACACUUGCACAACAUUACAUAGAAAAGAUUGACCUGUUUACUCUUAGUGUGAAACUUUUCAUGCCUUUGUCUCGUUCAGGACUGUCUUGUAAAAUACAUUUUGAAUCUCAGUGGAAAUAUUCCUGGAAAAAUAAAAUCUCAUUCUAUUAGUGAACAAUGUUAAGCAUCAGAAAUAAAAACAGCAAACCCCCUUUCUUUGGAUUGAAAAGUGUGCGAGCAUGAAUUCCCUUUAGUUCUUGGAUUAUUUCUGCUAAAUCUUCAUGCUGUACGCUCUCAGUUGGGUGAAAGUCACGUCAUCUAGAAGGUCUUUGCAUUAGAUGAUUUUAACAGAGGCUGCCACAGGAUGUUUACUUCCUAACAUCGUGCUGUACAACUGAGUGGGAGCAUCAUUAAUUCAUGUUCCUACUUGUGAUCAUUUUCUUUAUUAGAGUACGCAGUUAAAACAAGCUUGCUGAAGAUAAAAUGAAAUACUCCUCUCUGCGUGGACGGACACUGAUGGAGAUGUAAAGCAGAGGAUCUGCAGCUGUAAACACUCAGAGCUGAUGUGAUCGUACAUGUUGGUCAUGCAACAAAAAUUCCCCUUAAACUCAAACAUCCCUGAAAUAAUGAGAAAUGAACUGAUUGAUUUAGUCACUUCAAGGAAUUUGUUACAAAGAAAUUAAAUCUUAAAAAUGGGAGAUCAUAGAGAGCUGCCCCAGUGUCUCCCAGUGUCAUUAAAACCAAUAAACAGCUGCUAAUGAAGUUUGUCUUGUUACAGCUGCACUUUGAUGGGAACACAAUGAGAUCACAAGAAAACUGGGCAAAAAGGAAAUUCACAUCGGUGGAGAUUUUCAUAAUUUAUAAAUCAGAUAAAAGAACUUUUAACUGCUGCUGAGAUCAUUUCACUCUCUCUGAGGUCACCCCUCCAAAAGUAUCCUCAUUUUAAACUCUCUGCUUCUCCUCCAGUAUCAUUUCAUGUCCUCAUACUUUAAGACCAUCAAGAUGUCUUUGCUGCCUCAGGCGCCGUGUCCACAGAACGUUUUCUCUUCUCUUCUCUGUAGAGUUUAGCUCAGGACUUACUGUGUCUGUUUCUUUCCCUUUUUGUUUCCCCUGCGCUCUGCCGCCGUCUCCUGCAUCCUGUGACACUGCGGAGUCAGUGAAUCAGGAAAGUCACUUUUCCUCCUGUGAAAACUUGAACAAUGAGCCUCAUAAAUCCAAACAGCUCCGUGCACAUUCCUGGACUCUGAGAUGUUUCCUUCUUCAUCCUGAUCAAAGUUUGAAGAGGGGUUCAUCUCCAAGGUUUGGACCAGAGCUUGUCAGGUCGGCAUGAUAACGACACUAAGGCUUCCGGACUUGUUCAUUGGAUGUUUUUAUUCUGAAUUGACCCGAUAUGUCCCCGUGUCCACCUAGCGUUUGUUUUCUGAGCGCCAACGUCUCUUUCAGUUGUUUCCAAUGAGUCGGUGAAAAGCAGCCGGAUGCUGCCGCAGGUGUUACGUUUGUUUUGGAGUUUUUUCAACCAACGCUCCAAAUGCAAAGAACGGUGUAGCAUGUCCUGGACAUGCAUAAAGGGUGAGUUCUGAAUCUCUGAGACGAACGACAGAAGUGAAGAUGGGAAAAAUUAACGGAUGCCUCAAAUGUCUUUUUAUCUUCUUCAACGUGCUGUACGCAAUCCUUGGAUGUGUGCUGAUCUACGGGGCAGUGGAACUCAGCGCCUACAACCAACAGAUGGCGGCAGUUAGUUCUCCCAGCUUUGCUUGGUUGUGGGUGUUUGCCAUCGGCAUCCUCUGCAUCUCCUGUCUGGGAAUCUAUGCAGGAUGCUCUGAGAAAUCCCUCGUCCUCAAAAUAUUCGCAGGCUUCAUGGCCCUUGGGAUGAUCAUCAUGAUGAUCAUUGGCAUUGUUGUCGUUGUCUUUAGGGACAAGAUUAAACAUAAAUUGGACAGCGCCACCACUGAAAUGGUCGAGCCAUACAUGGAAGAUAAAAAUCUGACAGACUUACUUGAAAGGAUUCAGGAACUUGGUAAGUGCUGUGGAGUGAAAGGCGCCUCAGACUGGGGUGACACUAUCCCCAAGUCUUGUGAGUGCAACCGUCAGAAUGAAGGAUUUUAUUUUCAAUCUGUAUGCAAAGCAAAACCUCAGGGAACCAAAGGCCCAGACACAAUCUAUGAAAAGAACUGCAGCAGCUUCGUCUUUAAGUGGAUCAAUGUAGUCUUUCAGCUCGUCAUGGCUUUCUUCUUUGGAUUUGCCGUCACUGCACUGCUGGGCCUGCUGGUCUCCCUGCUGAUGAUCUAUCAGGUCAGACGUCAUGACAGCGCAGGAGGAUCGUCCAUCGCCAUGAAGGGCUACUGAAGACACCCCUGACCUUUAACCUCUGCACUGUAAAUGGAGGACUCUGCUGUCCAUUUAUGACUUCUUUCCUUUUUUUUUUAAACUGCAUUUCUGCCCUUUAACAAAAGACGUAUUGUUGUAUUGUGAAAAUUCUGCAAACAUUUAUUUUGUUGGUUUUGUGAUUAUCUGACGUAGUAUUGUAAUCGUGCAUGUGUAACAAAGACGUAUUGAACAAAGAAGCAGCUUCUGAACUCGUCCAUGACAACUUCUGACUGCAGCAUGAUUAACCCGAGAAGGUCAUUAGCUAAAAUAUAUUACCAGAGAUUUAGAGAACGACAGAUUUAAUAUCCAUCAUUUCAAAAACGGAGACUAUACACACAUGCUCAAAGCCCCGAGCGAGUAGGUGGACUACAACAACAAUGGCCGACUCCUGAGUUCUGUUUGUGCUGCUCACGCUUUGUAGUUCAGGGUGACCUUACCACUCUGUAGAAAGAAGAGGAUGUGACCAUGAGCAUUUCAUUACACAGUCACAGCGCCUACUACUGGUACGGAGGUUGUUAUCAAAACAUUGUCUGUUCUGUUUUCAGUGGCUCGUUCUCGUGUCACGGUCUAAAAGUCGAUGCAGACAUGACUCAUGAUCUCAUUGGACUAUGAGCCCAUCACCAGUUGCUCCUAGAUUGUCAAACUAUUUCUAUUUUAAACGUAGGUCCACUAACCAAGCUGCAGUAUUUGAUCUUUACCUUUAAAAGUAAAAAAAAAAAUAUUCAAGUGUAAUACAAAUACUCUGAAAGGAAGUGUUUAUUGUGAAAUCUGUACUUGUAUUGUUUCAGAAUAAACUGACUAACCUUUAUGUCUA